AUGGUUAGGGAUGCUAUGUUAGCGUGCCAAGUCACCCUUCUCCGGCGUUCGGCGACCUCUCCGGCUCUCUCCUACCCUCCGGCGACCUCUCUCCUACCCUCAUCUCGAAACAAUAAAAGAUAUACAAAGAAGAGUGAGAUGGAUGAAGAAGUGUUGGAUAAAGCUGUAUAUUUGUAUUUAAAGAAAAAGGGAUUUACCCAAACUGAACAGAUUUUUCAACAAGAACAGCAGAACAAGAACAAGAACUCCAGCUCAUCUGUUACUGCUUCCGAUGUUUCCCUUUCAGACCCAGAUCUUGCUAAACAAAUCCUCGCGUUUUCCCAGUCAGAAAGUAUCCCAACACUAUACCAUGAUGGAUACAGCAAGUUGAGGUCAUGGACUUAUAGCUCACUAGAUUUAUACAAGCAUGAGUUGCUUCGUGUUCUCUACCCAGUAUUUAUCCACUGUUUCAUGGAUCUCAUAGCAAAAGGCCAUCUUCAAGAAGCUCGAGCAUUCUUCAAUACCUUUCGUGAAGAUCAUGAGAUGAUGCAUUCACGUGAUCUCACAAAAUUAGAAGGUGUUCUUUCCCCAUCUCAUUUAGAGGAAAUGGAGUUUGCUCACACCCUAAGGCAGAGCAAAGUGAAUAUAAAGAUAUGCCAGUAUUCUUAUGAUCUUCUUCUGCAAUAUCUACACAAGACACAAUCCAUUACAAUGCUUGGUAUUAUCAAUGAGCAUAUUGACUUCCAAGUUUCUCCUGGACAACCUAGCUCAAUUUCUGAUGAUGCUGAAGCCUUUUCACUUGUUGGAAGUGGACAGGAUGCUGCUAAUUUAAUAAAUCAGAAAGAAAUACAUUGGGGGUUGCUUGAAGAUUCUUUAGAAGAUCGGCUUGAUAAAGCAGGUGGGUUGCUCUCAGAUUCAGAAAAGACAGAAGGAGAAGGUAAAGAAGGAGAGUUAGAUGAGAAUAAGAAAAAAUCAGCAGAUGGUGGAAAGCAAGGUGGGCCCCUCAAGAAGCUAAAGAAGGACAAGGUUGUUGGUGGGGCAGGGAAAGCUGCCCGAGGGGAGGGUGACAAGUCAACUGCUGCCCCCACGAGUCAAACCCGAGCUUACUUUGCCAACAAUAUCAACAGAUUUAGUUUCUACACAUUCAUUAAUACACAUAACGGAUUAAAUUGUUCAUCAAUAUCCCACGAUGGAUCAUUAGUGGCUGGAGGAUUCUCAGAUUCAUCACUCAAGGUGUGGGACAUGGCAAAACUUGGGCGGAUGGGGAGUUCUGGUGAAAAUGAUUCGGAUGGAUCAAAUGGUGGAAAAAGGUCUUACACUUUGUAUCAGGGGCAUUCUGGUCCGGUUUAUUCAGCUUCAUUUAGUCCUUUUGGGGAUUUUCUGUUAUCAUCAUCGUCAGAUUCAACAAUUCGAUUAUGGAGCACAAAGUUGAAUGCAAAUGUUGUGUGCUACAAGGGUCACAAUUACCCUGUAUGGGAUGUUCAGUUUAGUCCACUUGGACACUAUUUUGCAAGUGCAUCUCAUGAUAGAACAGCUAGGAUUUGGUCAAUGGAUAGAAUUCAGCCUCUAAGAAUACUUGCAGGACAUUUAUCUGAUGUUGAUUGUGUAGAAUGGCAUAUGAACUGCAAUUACGUUGCAACGGGAUCAAGUGACAAAACAGUUCGUUUAUGGGACGUACAAAGUGAUGGAAGUAUAAUGAUGUGGGAUGUUUCCAAUGGUCGAUGUGUCACUCCUCUUGUGGGCCAUACUUCAUGUGUCUGGUCUCUUGCUUUCAGUUGUGAGGGAUCCCUUCUUGCAUCUGGUUCCGCUGAUUCAACUGUUAAAUUAUGGGACGUUAACACAAGCGCAAAAACGCCGAAAAACGAAGACAAUAAAAGUGGAAAUACAAAUAGACUGAGAUCACUCAAGACUCUACCUACCAAAUCCACCCCGGUUUAUGCUUUACGGUUUUCGCGAAGGAAUCUUCUUUUUGCUGCUGGGGCUCUUUCUACAAAUGUGUAAAAUUGGCGUAGUUGCGUUGACUUAUUUUUAUCUUGUAGUUUAUUUAGUUGAAUCAUUUGAAUCUCUAGUGAAGCAAAAUAGCAAAUGCAGUUAAUUUUGUUUUUGUUUUUUUUAUUUGUUUGUUAAUAUUUAUUUUAAAGCAUGUUUCGUUUCAGUUUUUAACUAAAUCUGAAACCGAAUUGAAAAUUUUUGUGUAUGACUUUGUAGAAAGGAAAGCGUUAGUUUUUUUUUAUUAGGUAAUGCUAACAUUCAACAUAAAACAAUAAGUUUACUAAAAAAUAAUGGUAGACGUUGUAAAUGCAUAA